UCCAACACCACCACAGCAAAAGGAGGAGACAAUAAAACAGUGAAAAGUAGAAAAGUAGAUAAUACAACUGGGAAACCUCAUUUCAACCUGCGGUCGGUUCCACCGCCACAGUCUAACACCAUCACCGGCAGCGAUGGCAGCUUCGUCCGCCAGAGUCGGCAGAAAUCCUAUAACAACAACAUUAUUUCAAUUCUCAUCCGACACUGCUCCGCCGACACUCUCUCUUUCUCGAGAUCAACUCACUUAUUGUUCAGAAGCUCUAGAAUUCUUCAAAAACAAGCUCCGAAACUCUCCUGAUUCAAUCACUCAAGAAUUCGCUCGAUUGCAGGCUAGUAGGAUAACUCCGACUCAGAUGAGAACAAGAUGCACAGUGGCUCUUGAUAGUGUUAACAUGAGCAAAAACCGAUAUAUGGAUGUCAUACCUUUCGACGAAAACCGGGUUGUUCUGAAUCCAUGUAAAGAUUAUAGACCAUCUGCUAAGGGAUACAUCAAUGCUAGCUUCAUAUCGACUCCUUCAUCUGAAAGCGUUUCUCGGUUUAUAGCCACGCAGGGUCCACUGCCGCACACUUAUGAGGACUUCUGGGAGAUGGUAAUCCAAUGCCGUUGUCCUGUCAUUGUCAUGCUUACUCGCUUAGUUGACAAUUACAAGACAGUUAAAUGUGGAGAUUACUUUCAAGCUGAAGACGGUCCUCGAGAUUUUGGUAAUAUAUCUAUAGUUACUAAAUGGAUGACAACUACUGACACUUCGAUAAUAUUACGCAACUUGGAAGUGGGCUAUAAGGAUUCAGAGGAGCCACCCAUGUCUGUUUUGCACAUUCAGUACCCUGAAUGGCCUGAUCAUGGAGUUCCCAGGGAUACACUAGCUGUUCGUGAAAUAUUCAGAAGAGUACACCAAAUACCUCCCAAUCUCGGUCCAAUUGUGGUCCACUGCAGUGCAGGUAUUGGUAGAACUGGAACAUACUGUGCUAUUCACAGUACUAUCCAGAGAAUCCUAGUUGGAGACAUGUCAGCUUUAGAUCUUGCUAAUACCGUAGCCAUAUUUAGGUCCCAGCGUAUUGGGAUGGUUCAAACUAUGGAUCAAUAUUUAUUAUGCUAUAAAGCCAUCAUUGAUGAAUUAAAAGAGGUUUCUGAGAGAGCAGCAGUUGAAGGAGCUUAAACAUGAAAACUACAAGGGAUUUAAUGAAAGAACUGCAGCUACUUGGUAGCUUCUCAGAAAUAAAAGAAAAGCAAAUUAGACAAUGAUUAGCAGCUGAUGCAAUUUUAUCAUCCUUGUGAAACUCGGAAUGGUUACAUUUCAUUGUUCUGUAUUCUCAGGCGUCAAAUUUGUUCCUUGUAAUAGGCACUGCAAUUUAACUGGGAAUCUUGUCUUUUCCAUGUUUAAGUAGGCACUGUAAAUUUAUUUCUGAAUGAACAGAAAUGUAUUCACCACAGGGUCUCCAUUAUUUACAAGAUUGGCUACCAGGUCAAUAUUGUAUGUUGGCAUUUGUAUCA